UCGGGCCUGUCCAAGGCUCCGCCGGGCCGGAGGCAGCAGCGGGCUGGCGGCGAGCGGUGGCGGAUGGGGCCGGCGGAGAGGCACUAGGAAAGGAAACAUAGCGUGCCACGUUAUUCCAGACUGGAAGCCUACUGUGCUUUUCCUCCCCACACUCCAAGAGACUGGCUUUUUUGGUGAAACAGACUCUGAUCUCGGGUUUCUUUGCUGCAUGCCCGCUCACCAGUGCUGGAUUAUGUUCGUCUCCUUCUCCCUUUGCUCCAUAAUUUGGUUGAAUCGUGGUUUCAAGCUGAGGAAAAGGGGCUGCACCUAAGCGCUCCGGUGCACCCAGACCAGGCUCCUGGGGUGCCGGUUCACACAGAGACAGUUCAGAGUGCUGAUGGGGGAGAGCUGCCUCUGAGGGCCCUCCUCUCCCACCUGGGACGUGCUGCCUCACUCUUCAGAGCCCUUGUCCCCCGGCAGAGAAGAUGGGCAGCACCGACGGCUUCCAGUAUCGAGCGCUCUACCCCUACCGCAAGGAGCGCGAGGAGGACAUUGACCUGCUGCCCGGGGACAUCCUGGUCGUGAGCAAGGGGGCCCUGCAAGCUUUGGGCUUCAAAGAUGGAGAUGAGCAGACCCCCAAUCAGAUUGGGUGGAUCCUAGGCGUCAACGAGCGCACCAAGCAGAAGGGGGACUUUCCUGGCACCUACGUAGAGUACGUGGGGCCGGUGAAAAUUGCUGUCCCUUCACACCGGCCCCGAGUGCAGAGACCCCUGCCUGCCACACCAGGGGCCAGCGGCUGCCGGCUGCCCGAGGCUCUGGAGCAAGGGUCUCUUCUCCCAGACUUGCAGGAGCAGUUCAGCCCUCCCGAGAUUGCUCCGCCACUCCUGAUGAAGCUGGUGGAAGCUAUUGAGAAGAAAGGGCUGGACAGCGAGAUGUUGUACAGGACAUCUGGCUCCGAACUGAGGCAGGCGCUGAGAACCGAUUGGACCCUGGGUGACCUGGAGCCCCUGGACGUGCACUCCCUGGGCGAGGCACUGCGAGGUUACCUGCAGGACCUGCCCUCCCCCGUGGUGCCAGUGUCAGUGCAUGGAGAUAUCCUUCGCAUCCUGCAGGAGAUCCCCCAGCCAGAGAAUUGCCGGAAGCAGCUGCGGCUGGCCCUGGAGUCGCCUGCGGUGCCUCUCCAGAACGCGCUCACCCUGCAGUUCCUGCUCCGGCAUCUGGGGAAGGUAUCGCAGCAGGCCGAGAGCAACAGCCUCCACCCUCGGGCUCUGGGAGAGAUCUUCGGCCCCCUUCUCCUCCGGCUGCCUGGCGCCAGCCCAGAGCUGAGCCCUGACUUCUCCGUGCUGUUUCUGGAGAUACUUCUGCAGACAAAGGAGGUGGAGCCGGAACAGUUGCCUCCAGCCCUUCCUCCCAAACCACCAAAGCCAAAGCCCAGCGCAGCCAGCCUGGCCAACGGGAACAACGCGCCCCUGCAGGACGCCGAGUGGUACUGGGGGGACAUUUCUCGGGAGGAGGUGAAUGAGAAGCUCCGGGACACACCAGAUGGGACCUUCUUGGUGCGUGAUGCCUCCAGCAAGAUCCAGGGGGAAUAUACACUCACACUCAGGAAGGGAGGCAAUAACAAGCUGAUCAAGAUCUUCCAUCGGGAAGGCAAGUAUGGCUUCUCGGAGCCCCUGACUUUCGGCUCAGUGGUGGAGCUCAUCACCCACUACCGGCACGAGUCACUCGCCCAGUACAACGCCAAGCUGGACACCAGGCUGCUCUACCCCAUCUCCAAGUACCAGCAGGACCAGGUGGUGAAGGAGGACAGCGUGGAAGCUGUGGGGGAACAGCUGAAGGUUUACCACCAGCAGUACCAGGACAAGAGCUGGGAGUAUGACCUGCUGUAUGAGGAGUACACACGCACUUCCCAGGAGCUGCAGAUGAAGAGGACUGCAAUUGAGGCCUUCAAUGAGACGAUCAAGAUCUUUGAGGAGCAGUGUCAGACACAGGAGAAGUGCAGCAAGGAGUACAUCGAGCGCUUCCGGAGGGAGGGCAAUGAGAAGGAGGUGCAACGGAUCCUCAUGAACUCGGAGAAGCUCAAGUCCCGCAUCACAGAGAUCCACGACAGCAAGAUGAAGCUGGAGCAGGACCUGAAGAAACAAGCCUCGGAGAACCGGGAGAUCGACAAGCGCAUGAACAGCCUCAAGCCAGACCUGAUGCAGCUGCGCAAGCUGCGGGACCAGUACUUGGUGUGGCUGACGCAGAAGGGUGCCCGGCAGAAGAAGAUCAACGAGUGGCUGGGCAUCAAGAACGAGACAGAGGACCAGUACUCCAUGAUGGAUGAUGAGGAGGAGCUACCCCACCAUGAGGAGCGGACGUGGUAUGUGGGGAAGAUCAACCGUGUGCAGGCAGAGGAGAUGCUGUGUGGGAAACGGGACGGCACCUUCCUGAUCCGUGAGAGCAGCCAGAAGGGGUGCUAUGCCUGCUCUGUGGUGGUGGAUGGUGACACCAAGCACUGCGUGAUCUACAAGACGGCAACAGGCUAUGGGUUUGCUGAGCCCUACAACCUCUACGCCUCCCUCAAGGACCUGGUCUUGCACUACAAGCACACGUCCCUGGUGCAGCACAAUGACUCCCUGAAUGUCACGCUGGCUCACCCGGUCCUUUCCCAGCCACCAGCCAGAUGAGCAGCCCAUGCACAACA